AUGACAUUAAACUCCAAUUACCUGCAUCGAGGCAAACCGCCAUGGCGCCUCAAUGAUUUCCUCCACUAUGACAAGACAUUCACAACUUCACUGGCGUCAGAAUUGGAAAACUUCUUUAAGACAAAUGACAACUCGGAGGCCUCUAUCUUCUCCAUAUGGCAGGCCCACAAAACGGUCAUAAGGGGUCACCUUAUCGGCCGAGCAUCAUACCUUAAACGCAAGCGAAAAAAAGAGCACAUGGAUCUCCUACGAAAGCUAAGAGAUACCACAUCUGCUCACCUACUGAACCCAACUGAUACACAAGAAAAAUAA